AUGGUGAAUUUCACGGUCGACGAGGUGCGGGCGCUCAUGGACAAGCCCAGCAAUGUCCGCAACAUGUCCGUUAUUGCCCACGUCGAUCACGGCAAGUCGACCCUGACCGACUCUCUCCUGUCCAAGGCCGGUAUCAUCUCCACUGCCAAGGCUGGAGAUGCCCGUGGCAUGGACACUCGUGCCGACGAGCAGGAGCGUGGUAUUACCAUCAAGUCUACCGCCAUCACCCUCUACUCCACCCUCGAGUCCGAAGAUGACAUCAAGGACAUCGUCGGCCAGAAGACCGAUGGCCGGGAGUUCCUCAUCAACCUCAUUGACUCGCCCGGUCACGUUGAUUUCUCCUCCGAAGUCACUGCUGCCCUCCGUGUCACCGACGGUGCCCUCGUUGUCGUCGACACCGUCGAGGGUGUCUGCGUCCAGACCGAGACUGUGCUCCGUCAGGCUCUCGGCGAGCGUAUCAAGCCCGUCGUUGUCAUCAACAAGGUUGACCGUGCUCUCCUCGAGCUCCAGGUCUCCAAGGAGGACCUCUACCAGUCCUUCUCCCGUACCAUUGAGUCGGUCAACGUCGUCAUCUCGACCUACUUUGACAAGAGCCUUGGUGACGUCCAGGUCUACCCCGACCGCGGUACCGUCGCUUUCGCCUCCGGCCUCCACGGCUGGGGCUUCACUAUCCGCCAGUUCGCUGUCAAGUACGCCAAGAAGUUUGGCGUUGACAAGAACAAGAUGAUGGAGCGUCUCUGGGGCGACAACUACUUCAACCCCGCCACCAAGAAAUGGUCCAAGACCGGCCAGCACGAGGGUAAGCAGCUCGAGCGUGCCUUCAGCCAGUUCAUCCUCGACCCCAUCUUCAAGAUCUUCGCCGCCAUCAUGAACUUCAAGAACGACGAGAUCGACAAGCUCCUCGACAAGCUCCAGCUCAAGCUCUCGAGCGAGGACAGGCAGUUGGAAGGCAAGCAGCUCCUCAAGGUUGUCAUGCGCACCUUCCUCCCCGCUGCCGACGCUCUUCUGGAGAUGAUGAUUCUCCACCUCCCCUCGCCCGUCACUGCCCAGAGGUACCGUGUCGAGACCCUCUACGAGGGUCCCAUGGACGACCAGGCUGCCAUCGGUAUCCGUGACUGUGACCCCAAGGGUCCCCUCAUGCUCUACGUCUCCAAGAUGGUCCCCACCUCUGACAAGGGCCGCUUCUACGCUUUCGGCCGUGUCUUCUCGGGUACCGUCAAGUCGGGUAUCAAGGUCCGCAUCCAGGGCCCCAACUACAUCCCUGGAAAGAAGGACGACCUCUUCAUCAAGGCCAUCCAGCGCACCGUUCUCAUGAUGGGCGGCAAGGUCGACCCCAUUGACGACCUCCCUGCCGGUAACAUUGUCGGUCUUGUCGGUAUCGACCAGUUCCUCCUCAAGUCUGGUACCCUCACCACCCUCGAGACGGCCCACAACCUCAAGGUCAUGAAGUUCUCCGUCUCCCCCGUCGUCCAGCGCUCCGUCGCUGUCAAGAACGCCCAGGACCUGCCCAAGCUUGUCGAGGGUCUCAAGCGUCUCUCCAAGUCCGACCCUUGCGUCCUGACCAUGACCUCGGAGUCUGGCGAGCACAUUGUCGCGGGCGCCGGUGAGCUGCACCUCGAGAUCUGCCUCAACGACCUCCAGAACGACCACGCCGGUGUUCCCCUCACCAUCUCGGACCCCGUCGUCCAGUACCGCGAGACUGUUGGCGGCAAGUCGAGCAUGACCGCCCUGUCCAAGUCGCCCAACAAGCACAACCGUAUCUGGAUGACCGCCGAGCCCAUGGACGAGGAGCUGGCCCUCGCCAUCGAGAGCGGCAAGAUCUCUCCCCGCGAGGACUUCAAGACCCGUGCCCGUACCCUCGCCGACGAGUACGGCUGGGACGUCACCGACGCUCGUAAGAUCUGGACCUUUGGCCCUGACGGUAACGGCGCCAACCUGCUCGUCGACCAGACCAAGGCCGUCCAGUACCUCAACGAGAUCAAGGACUCCGUCGUCUCUGGUUUCCAGUGGGCUACCCGUGAGGGUCCGGUUGCCGAGGAGCCCAUGCGCUCCGUCCGCUGGAACAUCCUCGAUGUCACCCUGCACGCCGACGCCAUCCACCGUGGUGGUGGUCAGAUCAUCCCCACCGCCCGCCGCGUCCUGUACGCCUCGACCCUGCUGGCUGAGCCGGCCCUUCUCGAGCCCGUCUACCUGGUCGAGAUCCAGGUUCCCGAGAACGCCAUGGGCGGUGUCUACGGAGUCCUGACCCGCCGUCGCGGUCACGUCUUCAACGAGGAGCAGCGCCCGGGAACCCCUCUGUUCAACAUCAAGGCCUACCUCCCCGUCCUGGAGUCGUUCGGCUUCAACGGCGACCUCCGUGCCGCCACCUCUGGCCAGGCCUUCCCCCAGUCCGUCUUCGACCACUGGCAGGUCCUGCCCGGCGGCUCUCCCCUGGACUCCUCUUCCAAGACUGGUGCUAUCGUCACCGAGAUGCGCAAGCGCAAGGGUAUCAAGGUCGAGGUGCCCGGUGUCGAGAACGAUACCAGUGUCUAA